AUGAACCAGAAGGACUGGCAAUCCCCUUCAGCUGGCAAUCAAUCCCCUUCAGCUGGCAAUCCCCUUCAGCUGGCAAUCUCCUUCAGCUGCCAUAACCCCAACUACUUGGCCACAACCUCAACGACUCGGCAACAACUCCAACUACAACUACUCGGCCACAAACCUAACUACUUGGCCACAACCUCAACAACUCGGCCACAACCCCAACUACAACUACUCGGCCACAAACCUAACUACUCGGCCACAACCCCAACUACUUGGCCACAACCCCAACUACUCGGCCACAAUCCUAACUACAACUACUUGGCCACAACCCCAACUACAACUACUUGGCCACAACCCCAACAACUACUUGGCCACAACCCCAACAACAACUACUUGGCCACAACCCCAACAACAACUACUUGGCCACAACCCCAACAACAACUACUUGGCCACAACCCCAACAACAACUACUCGGCCACAACCCCAACAACAACUACUUGGCCAAAACCCCAACAACAACUACUUGGCCACAACCCCAACAACUCGGCCACAACCCCAACAACAGCUACUCGGCCACAACCCCAACAACAACUACUCGGUCAAAACCACAACAACAACUACUCGGCCACAACCCCAACAACAACUACUCGGACACAACCCCAACUACUGGGCCACAACCCUAACUACUCGGCCACAACCCCAACUACAACUACUUGGCCACAACCCCAACUACAACUACUUGGCCACAACCCCAACAACUACUUGGCCACAACCCCAACAACAACUACUUGGCCACAACCCCAACAACUACUUGGCCACAACCCCAACAACAACUACUUGGCCACAACCCCAACUACAACAGCACUGCCACAGCCCCAACUACUAGGCCACAACCCUAACUACUCGGCCACAACCCCAACUACAACUACUUGGCCACAACCCCAACUACAACUACUUGGCCACAACCCCAACUACAACUACUUGGCCACAGCCCCAACAACAACUAUAUGGCCACAACCCCAACUACAACAGCACUGCCACAGCCCUAACUACUCAGCCUCAACCCCAACUACUAGGCCACAACCCUAA